AUGGCCGGGGCCAGGCGGCCGCCUGGCGACCCUGAACGCACACUCUCGUCCGUCCCGUCUGCUCGCUGCCCGGUCCCGGGUCCGGCUCAGGACAUGCCCGACCCGUGUGCAGUUCCCGGCGUCCUGGGGCCCGAGCUCCGGCCCGGCAGGCGGCUGCGCUGGGUCCGCAGGCAACAAAGGCUGCAGGGCCCGCCCCCUGGCCGGCUGCGGAGGUACCGAACACCCAUAGUCCUCUCAGCCCGGCCUGUAGCCUCGGAGUGGACCUGUGCGGACCACUGCGCACCACCGAGGGCGACGGCAUCAGCCCCAGGCAGCUGCCGCAUCGCCCGCGUCGCCGGGGCCGUGCUCUCCCUCAACUGGCUGGGAGACGCGUCGUCGCGGCUGCCCUCUAACAGUUCCGUGGGCAACGGAUCCGCGAGCACUCGCCAGGCCUGGGGUCCCCGCCGCCUGGACGGCCUGGAAGGGGUGGCAGGAGCCGGCGCGGCGCUGGCGCCGCGCACGCUAAUCGCGGGCACCUACCUGGCCCUCUGCACUGUCGGGCUGGUGGGCAACGUGUUGGUGCUGGUCCUGGUGCGGUCUCAGCAGCGGCGCCGCGGGUCGCUGCUCAGUUGCUUCCUCCUCAACCUUGCAGCCACCGACCUGCAGUUCGUGCUGAAGCUGCCCUUCUGGGCCGUGGACAUGGUGCGCGACUUCAGCUGGCCCUUUGGGGGUGCCAUGUGCAAGGUGGUGCUGACGCUCACAGUGCUAAACAUGCACGCCAGCAGCUUCUUCCUCAGCGCCAUGAGCGUGGCGCGCUCCCGCUUGGUGGCGAGAGCGCUGCGCCCCGGCCGGCCCAGCACCCCAUGGGCUGUCUGCGUGUGCUGCCUGCUCGGCCAGCGUGGGGGCAAACGCUUGUGCCUUCUGCGCUUCCCCGACGGCGGUCCCAACUGGCUGGCCUUAUACCAUCUGCAAAAGAUCACGGUGGCCUUCGUGCUGCCGCUGGCCACGCUGGGCACCUGCUCGCUGCUGCUUAUGCACUUCCUGCGGGGGUGGCGCGCACGCUGGCCGUCGGGGGUCCGGCCCCCAAGACGCUCCCAGGUUACCUGCGCGCUGGCCUGUGUGCUGCUGGCCUUCGUGCCCUGCUGGCUGCCCAGCCAAGUGCUCACGCUCUGGGGGCUGCUGAUUAAGCUGAACGCAAUGCCCUGGGACCACACCUACUUCCUGGCCCAGGUCUAUCUCUUCCCGGUGUCCAUCGGCCUGGCACACUCCAACAGCUGCCUCAACCCGCUGCUCUACUGCCUGCUGCACCGGGACUUCCGCCAGGGCCUACGAGAGCUGUGCGGCCGGGCCAAGCACCCUACGGAUCUCGGACCUGGCUCCGACAGCCGCGCCCCAGUUACCGCGCUCUUUGACUAG